GUUCACAUAAUAAAAAUUUCAGAAUUUAAGAAAGAGAACUCCCCCAACAACACAAUAUAUCUUCUAACAUUGAUAAUAGCAAGAUAUCACACAGCACAGCUUUGAGAUGAGCCAGCGUGUUCCAUACUGCCACAUCGAUGAGACUCCGGCGGCCACCGUCGGCUCCACAAAAGCUGCAUAUAUCCCCAUGCUAGACUACGAGGUAGCCGAGCUGACGUGGGAAAACGGACAACUGGGGUGGAACAGCUUAGGUCCAACGCAAGUGCCUGCUUCAUCGAAGAAUUUAAGAAGCGCCGGUGGAACAUUGGAGUCAAUAGUAGACCAAGCUACUCGCUUUCCUAACCCUAAGCCCACCGAUGAGCUCGUCCCAUGGUUCCACCACCGCUCUUCCAGGGCCGGCUUGGAUGCGCUUGUCCCCGAGCAGCAGAGCCAGCCAGCCACCCACGUGGGCUCGUGUAGCAAUGGUCAUCCCAUGGCUGGUGGAAAACGAGCCAGAGUGGCCUCAGAGUGGAGCACCGGCGGGAGCCAAAACCUAACCUUUGAAACUUACGGUUUCACCUCAACAUCGCUGGAUGAUAAUUCCAGCUCCGGCGGGAAGCCUUGCACCAAAACCACGACCGUUUACGAGCAUGACCCCGUCUGCCACAGUCGCCGACAGAAGAGGAGAGAUAAGAUCAAUCAAAGGAUGAAGACUUUGCAGAAACUGGUUCCAAAUUCCAGCAAGACGGAUAAAGCGUCGAUGUUGGAUGAAGUGAUAGAGUACUUGAAGCAACUUCAAGCACAAGUGAGCAUGAUGUGCAGAAUGAACCUGCCUUCCAUGAUGCUUCCCAUGGCCAUGCAGCAGCAGCAACAACUUCAACUCUCUCUCAUGUCCGGUUCCAUGGGUUUAGGGCUUGGCAUGGGGAUGACCGGUCUAGGUCUUCUCGGUCUUAAUUCUAUGAACCGAGCUGCUGCAACGGCUCCUAAUAUCCAUACCAACAUGAUGCCGAACCCAUUUGUUCCCAUGACUUCUCUAUCGUGGGAUGCCUCCUCUUCUACCGACACUCUAUUUCAGUCUCCGCUUACCCACGAUCCUAUGCCAGCCUUUCUUUCAUGUUCCUCGCAGCAAACGACGAUGGAAGCAUAUAGCAGGAUGGCGGCAUUAUAUCAGCAAAUGCAGCAACAGAUACCUCCUCCUUCAAAUCCAAAAUGAUUAUAUUAUAUUAUUUUUUUGCUAAAAAAAUAAUUAUAUUGUAAACCUUAAGUCUACAUAUGUAUUGCAGAUCUUCACCAUACAUAUUCCAUUGUAUUUUAUAUGUUUAGGGCCUAUAGGCUACACAUGAUCUUUAUAUGAUAUACUUUCAAAAAAGG